AUGACGAAGUUACGCAUCGAGAUUCCUCAAGAUGAGGAGCCCUCAUCAGAAACCUUCGACAUCUUAGGCACUGGAUCCAUCAUCGAUUCCUAUUCCUCCGAAAUUGACGGAUCAGAUGCCUUCGUCGCAUCUUCCAAUGCCCAUGGCAGAAAUCAUGCGGACUGGCACGUGAGGACUGCAAGCGGGUCGCUCACGUGGAUGCCGCCGUCGCCGAUCGCCGUUAAGAGCCCGCACGCGAGCGCGAUAAAAAAAAUGGCGGCCAUGGCGAACGGACGCGCUAGGGCGAUGGAAUCCGCAUGGGCAGAGGCAGAGGAGGAGGCGGAAAGCGUUAUCACGGCGGCCGCAGCUGCUGUUGCUCUCUCAGGCGAUUCGUCACCGUCUCGUUCGCACGCCAAACCAACGAGCCUGUUCGGCCUAAAGGCGCCGUCGUUCCCGCAAACGAAGCGAUCUAGGAUCACACGCACCAGCAGCGGAAUUGGCGGCGCGGGAGGCGGGGAAUCUCCAAACUCUGUGACGCGCACAUGGUUGAUCUCCUCGCUGCCGUCGAUUUGGCGCAAAUCGCCACGCGGCUCGCCGCCGAAGGGUGCUGCAAGUUCGGAUAUAUCAGGUCAUGAUGAGGUUAGCCCCGUUGCUCUCGCCGGCGGCGUCGAGCACCAAUCAUCGUGUCGCAAUGUGAGAAGAACAGAUCGUGAGGCAUUCGCACGAGACGACGAGGCGGCCACGCAGUCCUGCUUGCGUCAGUCGCGGCAGUCGCAGCAGCGCACAGUGCGGCGGCUUUCGCGGAGCCUGACAUCGGACGGCACGCUGUUGGCGGGCUUCGACGCUGGCGAAGCGCCGCCGUCGAGCGAGGAACGAACCAUGCCGGCGAGACGCGCUCCCGAGGCGAAUCUCGCGGCAAAGCCUGAUCCAAUUCGCAAUUCGCAUCGCGGUGGCUUCCGGCGUGCGCUCGUGCGCACCGCGUCCGCACCUGUCGCCGCCCGCGCGUCGCGUUCUCUCCCACGCAGCGCACCUGGGCUAGCAAGCCGUGAUGGGCGGUGCGAGAUGGGCGGAUACCCGGACGAUGCGGAGAGUCAGACUGCGUCACGGCGACGCUGUCACGGUGUGGUGGCGCCCGUGGUAGAAGAGGAAGAGGAAGAGGCGGGUGGGGCGGCGGCGGAGGGGGAGGAGGAGGAGGAGGAUGACGAGAUUCCAGUAGCGCUUGCGGCUACAGCAGUGGGCACCGGCAGCUGCGCGUCGCGAUAUGAUCGAGGAGCGAAGGACGGCGGCUCGCACCCGCCUCGACCGCCACGGGCGUCGUCGCCUCAUCCGCAGCUGCCAGCCGCGCAAGCAGCGCAGCGCACCACCCAAUCCAUGGCGCCGCGUGCUUCUAGCAUUGAGCAGGCGUUUCAAAACUCGUCAGCAGCGCAGCGCAGCAGUCAAUCCAUGGCGCCCUGCGCUCCUACCUCGCUGCCGCUCGCCGCCUGCCCCAUCCCCCUUCACCAUGCGCCGCCUCGCGUGCUCAUCCCCCGCCUUGCCUCCUCCCCGGGCGCCCACUCCACGCCCUGCCCGCCCCUCACACCCCCCACGCCUCUCACCCCUGGCACACCCCUCACGCCCCCCUGCCUGCACUCCUCUGCUGCCGCGCCAACCAUGCGCCCGCGCUCGUGCCUGCGCUCCUCCUCCUCGUCCCCCUCCUCCACCCGCAGCCACCAGGCUCGGCGCGUCGCCUUCAGCCCCGUGGUUCGGGUCCGAACCUACUCGCUCUCGGAGCACGACUGGCCGGCACCGCUAUCACCUGCCUGUCACAAUACUGCCUCCCCCUCUGGUGGGGAUGCCUCAGGAACUCAUGUGACUACCAGGGCUGUUGCUGCUGCAGCAGCUGCUGCUGCUGCUGCUACUGACGCUGGUGCUGCUGAUGUAAGCACAGCAGCAGUGGGAAAAGCUGAAACGAACACUCUUGUCAGCAGCGAGGAGGCUGGACCUCUGCUGCAGCCUCUUGUUGCGCUGCACGAGGUGGCGGGUAGAGGUGUGAAGAGUGUGUGUGUUCCCCGGCAGAGAGUUCCUCUACAAGCCUGUUGA